AUGUCCCCUUGGGAAAGGGAAGAUAACUCGACCGCCGACAAUGCCAUAAUCACGGAGGAAGACCAAGAUCUAAAUGACCCGGAAAACAUUGAUCACUUGGUCUUCCAGCCAAGAUCCUUCUCUCCCUUUCAAGCCGAGACAUUAGAUGGCAUGCUAUCAACGAAUGCCCUCGAUAGCUUUAUGAAAGCUAGUGGGAAUCAGCCUUUCAUGAAGGCAACACUCAACAGCCCAUCGAACUCACCUCGAAUAGACCCGCUACUUUCCUGUCUCAAUGCCUCAGACUGGCCCAGAGUGAUUUCUUUAGGCUCAGAUACAGAGAGGUCUAUAGCCCAUGUCGAAAGGCGGAGGAAGCACAUACGGGAGUCUUCAAGUCAUAAUCAGGAGUGGCCUCGAAAUAGCCAGCGUUCUCGACACAAUCCAUCGAAGCAACACCCGGAACAAGAUAGUCUCUCAUGUUCAUGCUACGCGCGAGUCUUUCUGCAGCAUGAGGACGUUAGUUCUAACCUUCUCUGGAGUAUACGAAGCAAAGCUCCUGCGUCACCCGCAGAAAUGCUGCGGUCCUUGAAGCGAACUAUGGAGGGCCUCGACUCCUUCUUCGACUGCCACACACAUUCCACACGUCCGGAGUUUGUCGCCUUGCUCGUAUCAAUGUGCGAUAUGAUGCUUGGUGGUGUCGAGUAUUUGGUCCCUAAGCUUUGCGUAGACGAUGACAUCAUUUCUGCAGAUGAUGACUCGGAUACAUCCAGUUCCCAUGGUGACUCGGGGAGACGCUCUAGCAGCAGGAGCGGCAGCGUCAAUUUUACGUCGCACCCAGCAUUCAGAUUGAGCCAAGGGACAUUAGACAAAGAGGAUGAGCUUCAUACUGUAUCACGCGGUGGAUGA